AUGAAAAUCACUUCCUUUUUCACUACUUUAUGUCUUAUUGCUCAAGCUUUGAGUGAUAAUAUAGAGAUUUCUUCUGAUACCAAAACUUGGGGUCAAGCAGUUAUUGAAUAUUCCGAUGUUACUAUUGAUUCUGGUGCAACUUGGAAAAUUGUUGAUGUUGGUUAUGUUCAUUUCCAUGACAAUUUCUUAAAUAAUGGAGACUUCUUUGUUACUUCAACUCAAGAGGAUCAAGCUAUCAACUUCAAAAUUGCUGACUUUAAGAGUAAAACUACUAAUAAUGGUAGAAUGGUUAUUUCUUCAGGAAGUUCUUUCUUUUCUCCAAGUUUUUCGAUUAAUGGUGGUUCUUUCGAAAAUAAUGGUAAAGCUUUCUUUAGUGGAAAUAGUAAAUCUGGUAUUCCUAUCUCCCAAAUAACUCCUAGAAGUUUUACCAAUAAUGGUUUGAUCGCUUUAUACCAAGAUAAGAAGAAUAGUGGUUUAGUUGAUUUAGGUCAAUUAUGGCAAAGUUUCACUAAUGAUGGUACUGUUUGUUUAAGAAAUCAAGCUUUUGAUCAACAAUCUGCCAUUAAAGGUAAAGGUUGUUUUGACAUUGGUGAAAAUUCAAAUGUCUGGAUUAAAACUUCCCUUUUACCGAUUUCAACUGAUCAAGUUUUCUACUUUUCUUCCGAUUAUGGUUCAAUUAGAGUAGAAGCUGUUUCGGGUACCCAAACAUUUAAUGUUAAAAAUUGGGGUGGAAAUAAUAUCAUUGGUUUAUCUUUACCUAUUAGUAGUUUCGGUUACACUCCAGGUUCAGGUGUUUUAACUUUAACCUGUGGUUUCUUAAAUUUCAACUUUAACAUUGGUAAAGGAUACGAUAUCAACUUGAUGCAAAAAGUCACUGCUGAUUAUGGCUCAGGUGGUAUUGUUAUCAAUGGUGGAUUGGUCUAUAAAGGUUCUACACCUCAAAAUUCUAGACCAGAUAUCUGUAUGACCUGUGAAGAUGUUCCAGAAUUUUCAGUUUAA